CUGGAUAGACCACAUACACUUUCAAAAAAGGAAGUACACAGUGGAGGACAAAGAACAUUUUUUACUCUCUUUAUUAGAGUUACAUAUUCUUUAGCAGACUUGUGGAGACAGAGAGCCUGAAUCUAUGGACAGCAAGGCAGAUGUGAAGUCACUCAUGGCGAAAUUUAACACAGGUAGCAGUCCCACAGAGGAUGUUUCUGGUAACAGCCGAACCUUCAAAGUCCCAGGACAACCUACCCACACGGGAUUACAGACAAGGAAAGCAGCACUUGAGAAAUUUGCAAGUCAAGGAAAUACAACUUCUUCAGGACUCAGUACCUUUCAUAAGCCUGUUCAUCCUAAGCCUCCUCUGGCAGUAAAGCCUUCAACUGAUGAUAAAGCAGAGAAGGAUCUAAAGCCACCAUAUUUGAAACCAGUGGCACAGAAGUUUGGGGUUCAGCUUCAGGCAACUAACAGAGAAAAUGAUGGAAAAUCUGGAUACACUAAACCUUCCACCAAAACCGGUGACUUGACAAAAGAAGAGUCAAAGCCUCUGUAUCCAAAACCUGUAGGGAACAAAUUCCUUAACUCUGUUCCUCAAGAAAAAGAAAAAAAUCCACUGGGAACAAAACCAAAUUCAAAUUUUGCACCACAGGAGAGUGAAGCAAAACCAGCAUUUUCAAAAAUAACUGGAGUUAAGGAAAAGUUCAUGUCUGCAACACAAGAAAAUGAGCCCAAGUCUCCUUUCUCUAAACCACCUCUUGCACAGAAACCUUCUCUAAACCAUGAGGUUUCUCACAAAGAAGACACUUCUAAUAAAAAUGUUUUCCUGCAAAAGGGACUAUCAGGCCCUAAAACAAAUAUACGGUCUUUUAAAGCAGCAAAGGAAAUAGAUGAAAAUAGUAACUGUGCUGCAGAAGCUCCAGGCAGUCAUUUCUCUAACGUCGUUCUGAAACCUACUGGCCAUUGGUCCAGCUCAGCCCAAGGCACCCUCAUAAACGUGGAGGAAGAGGCUGAAGAAAAGGGAAUGAGUGCAGCCAAGAAUGUCUUUCUCAAUAAAAUCAUGCAGGAAGAAUCAGGUUCUUCUUCUGCUAAGUUCCGUAAGACAAAUACAGUGCUUGCUGCAGAAAGGCCAUCAGGUGCAUCAAAAGAGAAAGAGGAUGGGGACAAGGUCUCAGAAACCCCCAGGCGGAAAGCCUUGCCCCUGCUGUUCAAACUGGGCCAGCCCCCACAGAAGCCCAGCAGACCCCCCAGUGUGGACCUGGAAAGGUUCCGGAAGAGCAGCCCAAAAGACAGCUCUAAAGAUGAAGGUUCAAAACAGACAGCACCCUCCUCAGCAGCUCUCUCCCCACCUGUACCUCCACCACACUGUGCCACCCAGUUUCCACCUCCUCCACCAGCCUCUCACCCAUCUCUGCAGUCCCCAUCAGCUCCCAGCCUGCCGCCCCGGAACAUCAAGCCCAGCUCUGAAACAAUAAGUCCAGACAAUGAAGAAAAUUAUGAUGAUGUUGAAUUUGUUUCACAGGGUCAUAGAAAUACAGAGGGGGGUCAAGAAAGUGAUGGAGAGAUGUAUGAAGACAUUAAUGACAUCAGAUCAUCAAGGAAAAAAGAGAAGAGGCGGGACAAGGAAGAAAAGAAAAGAAUGGACCAAGAGAAGAAAGAACAAAAGGAAAAAGAAAAGAAAGAGCUAGAAAUAAGGAAGAAAUUCAAAUUAACGGGAUCCAUCCAAGUCCUUCAUCAGGCACGAGCUCGUGUUGACCACAAGGGAGGGAAGAAUGAGCUGACUGUCAAACAGGGGGAUGAAAUUGAAAUAAUUCGCCUUACAGACAACCCGGAAGGAAAGUGGCUGGGCAGGAUAAAAGGAUGUUAUGGAUACAUUAAAACAACCAUGGUGGAAAUUGAUUAUGAUUCUUUAAGAAGAAAGCAACAACCAUCUUCCAGGACUGCUGUGAAACAUCCAGAGAGUGACCAAGAAGUCUAUGAUGAUGUUGGAGACCAGGACAGUAUAAGCACUCAGAGUGAAGGUCAAAGUGGAGCUGGAAAGAUGUUCCCACCUCCUCCUUCUGAUCAAGAAAUUUAUGAUGGGAUUGAUGAUGAGGAUGCUGUAACCAGGUCUGUGUCACAGGAUGAAGAUAAGAAAAAUAUCUGGUCCUGGGGAAUCUUGAAGAGACUAAAGGUCAAAGAUGACAGAAAGAAAAGCGUACGAGAAAAAACAACCAAAGUCAAUGGGGCAGAAGAUGAUGGAGAUUUGUUCAUGUCUCCUUCAACAAAGCAGUUUGGAAAAGAUUGUGGAGACAGUGAUGUUUAUGAUGAUGUAGAUUCUUCAGACUUCCCUCCUCCACCGCCUGAACACAAGCAAGUGAAAAUGGGAAUUACCUCCUUGAUUAGAAAUCUGUCAUCAAAAUCAGCAAACCCUGGAAACCAUAAAUCAGAUGAAAAAGAUGCACAAAAGCUUAAAAAGAUAGAAAGAGAGGAGAAAGAGUUCAGAAGAAAGUUCAAAUUUGAAGGUGAAAUUAAAGUUCUUUACUCUACCACCACAGUCCAGGACUUGCCCCAAAGAAGAUGGGGAUCUAAAGAUUUAGAGGUUAAACCAGGGGAGUCUCUUGAAAUUAUAGAAAGUACAGAUGAUACCAGGGUCCUGUGCAGAAACGAAGAAGGAAAAUAUGGCUAUGUUCUGAGAAGCAAUCUAGUUCAGAACGAUGGAGAGAUCUAUGACGAUAUUGGUGAUGAUUGCAUCUAUGAUAAUGACUGAUGCAGAAUUCUAUGCAUGUAAGAGCUUCAUUGAACAUCAAAAUCUAUUUCAGACUUCCUAAAUGUGAAAGCAAGAGAAGUCACUAGAGCUGAUUACAAUGGAAUUGGUUACACUCUUCUAAAUGUACAUUUAAGCUUUUUUAGGAUUUCAGGGUUUUGUGAUCCAUUGCUUUCUAUGCCUUUUUUAUUGUCAUUUAUCUGGGCAACUAAAAUUCAGGGAACAUGAGCUAAAGUUGAGGUUAUAACUUUCCACAUUUGUGACAGUCCAUGUAAACAGUCCACAUAAAAACAAUUUUUCAAUUAGCUAUAAACAAAGAGACCAGUUCAGGUCUAUGAAGGAUACAGAGGCCAACAAAGCCUAGGUACAGGUUUUACUCUGGCUCUGGUCUAUUAAACAUCAGAAGCUGCCAGUAUCAGGGCAGUAUCCUGAAAAGAAAUGCUUCCUUUGGUGAUAACAUCCUGUUGUAAAAGCAGGAAAUCAAAACGAGCAUCAAAGAUUAUUGCUGAAGUUCCUUUUUCUACAUUGUAAUAAUGAUAGAAUAUGGUUUUCUACAAUUUAUUUGACCAUUUUGUAAGUACUUGUUGACUAAUAUUGAUAGUAAAUUAGUAAAAAUGUUAUAUGUGUUACACACAGAACUCUGAGAUAUAAACCAUAGAAAAGUCUACUUUAUAGUGUAUUCAGAACAUUUAGGUUAAGAUUUAAUUGCUAGGUUUGAAGAUAUGUUGUUGUCACUAUAGUAAUCUAGUCAUUAAAAUGGACCUAUAGACUGAUGACAAACUAGAAAUAACUUUUAUACCAAAUAUAUAUGUGUAUUUAUCAUGCCAUUUUAAUAAUAUCUUUUUCUUCUAAAUACUAUAUUUUACACUAGGCUUGGGUAAAUGAGAGUAUAGAAAUUAAACAUUUCCAUGCUUAUCCACUGUAGAAACAUUUAUCCCUAAAGAUCACUGGGGAUGCUGUUCUCUGAAAGAGCAAGCAGCAAAUCAAAGUAAACUGAAUGCAUGAAUAAUAAUAAUAAUAUCACAUUGCACUUAUAUACCAGAACUCAUUGGAAAUCAAAAGGCACUUACAGUGAACUCCCAAGAAAGAGCAGGAGCAUGUGCAGAAAAUGGAGUGUAUUAUUUGUACUGUGUGAUACUUUUGCUGAAGUGCAAAUAAAAAGCCUGUAAUAACCAAUGUGGCUGGAUCAGUGUAAGCAACUACUCUUGAUUAUCAAGUCUCCUGUAAACCUCAAGGGAAGUAAGGUACACUGUGCACUGUAGCAAGCUACCAGAUUUAGCUUACAAAGUCAGUGAGUUUUGGUCUUACUUUUAGUGUAGCUGAGAUUUCAUCUUUACACAAGUGCCUGCUAUUAACAGUUCAAAAUGCAGUAUAUCUCUAAGGAGGUAUAAUGCUAUGGGGAUAUAAAACAUAAAAUUAAUUGUAGAGACAAUAGCCUAUAAGCUAUUUUAUAUUGUAUUUAAAAUCACUGAUAAUACACUGAAAUCUACACUGAACUUGAGUUUCCUGUUCUAUAUUUGCUAUUCAACCAGCAUCCAGGCAUACAAAUACCAAUUUUAUGUGUAAACAUCAGCACCAGUACCCAAAUUUAAAACACGACCUUGUAUAUUAAGUAAAAUGAAUGUGUCUGGCUAUUUGGCUAUGUCACUGCUAGUGGUUUAUUUAUUUUUCAAGGGCAUUCAAGGGGGCAUCUGCAUCAAAUUAGUGACAUGACAAAGAACUGAGAGGGAACGCUGACAUUUAGAAAUACACAACCAGUUGUCGGUUAACAGUAUAAGUAGUUUCAUGCUUUACACAGUUAAUUGACUCAAAAAGAAUUAGUAUUAAAUUCUAACAUAUAUGCCCAGUCUUGUUUUAGGAGAUAAUAGAACUGAUAGUAGAACUCCACUUAUUGCAGUAAGACCAACAAAGGAGCCUUCCUUUCAAAUAUAUUAAAACUUCAUCUUGUAUUAAAGGUUUUCAGUAGAACACAAACCUCUUUUGUCCCCCUGAAAAAGAAGCGAAUUUCAUUCUUUGUGAAAUUUUUCAGUCAUGUAUUUUGAAUAGCUUUUCCAUGUUCUAAGCCUUGAUGUGUUGUAGGUACUGUGCUUCCUUACUUAUUGUACUGACAGAAUUGGUCAUAUGGUACAUCAAAUCAUCAAAAGAAAUAAUCAUAAGAUACUUUAAACUAAAAAACUGCAUUGUUUGUACAGAUCAAAUACAAUGUGAUUGUUACAGGGUGUUGAAAUACAUUCAUAAGGUACUACACACUGAAAAGUUACUGGUAUUGUGUAUUUUUUCAUUAUUUUACCAAUACUGGUCACUAGAUGCAUUUUUUUCUUUCUUCUGAAUAAAAGUUUGCUUUCUGACAAGAAA